AUGGGCAUCACUACCGAGGGCGAACGGUUUCCGGUGCCGAAGACGCCCAACCCGUUUGAGAAGCAGUUCUUCAAGCUGUGCGUUACCAGCUUCCUCAAGUGGCUGGCGGGUGGCGUCUGCCUCCUCUUGGCCUUUAUGCCGCUGCCGAAAUGGUUCUACGUCGCGUUCUUUGUGUUCUGGCGAUUGGCCUACGAUGCGGGAUUGGGUUAUUUGCUCUACAAGCAAUCAACGUCAUCGCUCUUCACCAAGUGGUGGACCAAGAUCACCCACCCCGACGCCACCUUCUACGGCAUCCUCAAGAGGCUCAUUUCCUCCGACAUGGAGUCGGACUACGACUACAAGCAAUGUCCGGCGGGCUUCAACGCGUGGCUGGCCUGGCGAUUGCUCGUGGACCUCGUGCUGGCGAUGGAUCUCGCCUCCUACAUCCUGUUGUGCGUUGUCUUUGCCGACUGGCCCUGGCAAAUCCAAGUCGACGGCCUCGUCCUCCUGUCGUACCUGGCCGGGGCGGCUCUCAUCGGUUUCAGCGUGUGGGCUAAAAUGGACGCCUACCGUGUCGUCGAGGACUAUGCCUGGUACUGGGGCGACUUCUUCUUCAUGAUGGAGCGCUCCCUCACCUUCAACCGCGUGUUCUCCAUCUUCCCGCAUCCCAUGUACACGCUGGGGUACCUGUUCAUGUACGGCGCUUCGCUGAUCGGCCAGUCCUACACGAUUCUGUACGUGUCGCUGUUCGCCCACAUCUGCCAGCUCUUCUUCCUCAACCUCGUAGAAACACCGCACAUCAAGAAGAUCUACCCCGACAUGGUGGAAGACCCGGACACUCAGACCCAAACGGUGCUGUACGGUGCCAAGACCGGCUAUUUCCGCAAGGACCUCAUCGUCUUCUACAACUUCAACCCUCUUCGGUCUUCCGAUUUAUUCAUGUUGUUGAUCCUCUUCUAUAGCGUCAUCACUGUGUUCAUGGAUCUCCACCUUGUGUUUUACGUCAUCCAAGCGGUGGUGUGGCGUUGCGUGCACUCGUUUGGUCUGGGCUACAUCCUCUAUCGCCAGUCGUUCGACAAGGGCUGGAUUGCGACCUACUUCGAGAAGGGCUACACCAAGCGCCAGGCUUUCCGCAACUGGAAGAAGCUCUUCAACCUCUCGCUCACGAUGACGUGGGUGAGCUUCUUCUGCUGCGCCUACAAGCUGGCCGACGUGCCCGAGAACGUGUUCGACCUCCGCACCAACAACUUCUACUGGAUGCAGGUGACGAUCGGUGUCGUCCUCAUCAGCAUCAACCUGUGGAGCUCGGUCUCUACGUUCGAGGUGCUGGGCGAGUUCGGCUGGUUCUACGGCGAUUUCUUCAUCGACGAGGUGCCCUCCAAGCUGUACUACACCGGCAUCUACCGAUUCAUCAACAACCCCGAGGUCGUCACCGGUUUCGCCGGCUACUACGGAGCGGCGCUGAUUGCCAACAGCGGUAGCGUGUUCGCCCUGGCCCUGUUCUCCCACCUGUGCAACUGGCUCUUCAUCGCCAAAGUCGAAAAGCCGCACAUGAGCAAGCUCUACGGCGAGAAGCUCCGGCCUCGGUCUGGCGCUGCCCAGGCGAUUCAGUCGAUCGUCAAGGAGACGAUUGAGCAAAGCCCGGUGCUCUCCUCCCGAGUAAAGGAGCUCGAGACCAAGGUCAUGACCGAGAUCGACAGCUUCAAGAAACGUACAACGGAGACCAAGAAGAUGCUGUUGGACAAGAUGGAGGAAGCCAAGCAGCAAUUCAACCUCAAGAAAUCCAACUGA